AUGACAAUGGACAUCUUCCUGUCAUUGUUGAGGCAAACGGGACUGGAGGGUGGAAGGACCCGACUUGAUGUCAGCAAGAGCAGUCAAUUCUUAACGGCGUUGCUACUCAUCGCACCGUGUGCUAAAAACGAUGUAGAGAUUGAGGUUGUCGGGGAUCGCGAAAUGCCCUAUAUUGACAUUACACUCGCAGUCAUGGAGGCAUUUGGUGUACAGGUCGUCAGCGACGGCUAUAAGUAUUUUCGGAUUGAAGGUGGGCAGCGGUAUCAGCCGCGUAUCUAUAACGUUGAACCCGAUGCUUCCAACGCCUCCUAUUUCUUUGCGGCUGCUGCACUCACAGGAGGACGUGUCACUGUCCAACAUUUGCACUUAGAUUCCAUGCAAGGCGAUGUUCAGUUUGUGCGUAUUUUGGAGCAGAUGGGGUGUCAGGUUGCUGUUUCUGAUAUUGGGAUUACCGUUACAGGUCCACACCAAUUGAAAGGGGUCGAUGUGGAUAUGCGGGCGAUUUCGGAUACUGCUCUAACCCUCGCGGCAAUUGCGCCGUUUGCCGAUAGCAAAGUAACCAUCCGAAACAUUGAACACACACGCUGGCAAGAAACCGACCGGAUUCAUGCAAUGGUGACGGAGUUGCGAAGGUUAGGCGUGCCUGUAAUUGAACAUCAGGACGGGCUCGAAGUUUCGCCUUCAUCUAUUACACCCGCAGCGAUUGAUACCUACGAAGACCAUCGGAUGGCGAUGGCGUUUUCACUCGUCGGUUUGAAGGCACGCGGGAUUCGGAUUAAUGAUCCCGACUGUGUCAGCAAGACAUUCCCCAAUUAUUUUGAGGUGCUGCAGGGGCUAUAUUCUUGA